AUGGCCUCAGCGGCGCGUCCCAAGCAACCUAGGGCCCCCGCCAUGCUUGUACUAUUGGCAUUGCUCCAGCUCUCUUUGGGCGCUAGCAAAAUCAAGUGCGCAACAGUCCCUGAUAAUAGCACGGAUGUGCUCUGGCUGCAAGCUUUCAGGCAUGAGAUCACUUCUGAUCCCUCCGGAUGGUUCACCUCCUGGAACUCCAGCACCAACCACUGCCAGUGGCCGGGAGUGAGAUGCAGUCGUAAGCAUCUAGGGCGCGUGGUGGCGCUCCGACUCUUUGGCCUGAACCUGACGGGCCAAAUCAGCUCCUCCAUUGGGAACCUUACGUUCCUCAGAACCCUGAACCUACACAGAAAUGGCUUCUCUGGCCGGUUACCUCCACUAAACCAUCUGCAAAAGCUUCAGGUCCUUGACCUGAGCAUCAACCAGUUGAAUGGUAGCAUCCCAGAUGCAAUUACCAACUGUUCCAGCUUAAGGAAAAUCUACCUUACUGGAAACAUCCUAGUAGGCGAAAUUCCUCCAAAAGUAAGCCUCCUCUCCAACCUCUCAGUUUUGGAUCUUUCCAGGAAUAACCUCGUCGGGAUCAUCCCGCCAAUCCUCGGCAACAUCACUACCAUACGAGUACUCAGUCUUGCGUACAAUAAUCUGACUGGAAGUAUUCCCAAUGAGCUUGGGAAACUGACAAAUAUGUGGAAGUUGCUCCUAGCAGAAAAUAGGUUGUCAGGUGGAUUCCCACGGUGUCUCUUCAACCUUUCUAGUUCUCUUCAAGUAUUACAGCUGGGGGAGAAUAUGCUAAGCAAGGAACUGCCUCCUAACAUGGGAGACGACCUACCAAAUCUCCAAAUGCUUUUUUUGUAUGACAACAUGUUUGAAGGUCAAAUUCCGGCUUCACUAGGCAAUGCUACAGGGUUAGAAUGGUUAGCAUUAGAAAAUAAUAAUUUAACAGGUAUGAUUGGAGAAUGCAUUGGGAAGCUAACACAGUUACACAUUCUUUACCUCCAAGCAAACAGCUUCAUUGGGCCAUUGCCAUCAUCCCUUGGUCAGCUUACUCAGUUGGAAGAGCUCAAUCUAGGAAACAAUAAAUUUGAAGGCCCUAUACCACUCCUUGACCAGCUUACUCAGUUGAAAUACCUCUAUCUAGGAAACAAUAAAUUUGGUGGCCCUAUGCCACCCACCUUAGGGAACUUGCAACAACUCCGGCAUUUAGACCUUAGCCAGAACAAUCUUGAGGGUAACAUACCUAUUCAGCUUGGCAGCCUUACAUCACUCACCCGCCUAUAUCUUUCCUCAAACAAGCUUACUGGCAAAAUUUCCUGAUACUCUGGGAAAAUUUCCUGAUACUCUGUUCAAAUGUCAGGAUAUACAAACCAUUCAAAUGGUCAAAACUUUCAGACAAAUCUAGGAGGAGAGUCAAAAGUCUGAACAUAGAGCUAGUCAGCUAGAGGUAAACUUUGUAUGUAAUCAGGUGUGAGAAACACCAAGCUUGACAUGUAAUUAUAUAUACUCCAAGAUUGUUAUUGUUUUCUUUUU